AUGAAAAUCUAUUCCACCCUUUGGAUUUUUUUAUGUGCAGAUGGUUUUACAGCAUUUAUUUGGACAGAUAAAGAGAAGACAGCAAUGGAAGGGACCAGCAUCACAGUAAACUGCAAAUAUAAUAUAAAGAGAUACAUGUUUUCCAAAAAAUACUGGUGUCGGGGAAGUUCCAGAUUACAUUGUGAUAUUUUAGGAGACACAGACAAGCGUGAAAACAGCAGAGUAACUGUCACUGAUAAUAGGAAAGGAGCCCUUUUGGUGACCAUGAAGCAAUUGACAGCCAGUGACUCAGGAACUUAUUGGUGUGGUAUAGACAGACCCUUUGCUGAUAUAAUGGCUGCAGUGGAACUGAAGGUAAAUAAAGCUCCUGAAAUAAUGAGAAUCACUCCCACCUCCAGUCCCUCUUCUACAGUUGAAGUUACUACAGCUUUCCCAGUAAUUUCCAAGCCUUAUUUAAAUGUGACUCUCCCUUCCAAUUUCAUGUGCCAUCAUGAUACAACAGAAAGUUUUAGAAACUGGAAUCACAGUCCAUGGGCCAUUCUACGCUGGGUGAUCCUGCUUAUUCUUGUGGCUUCUUUGAUUAUGAUUCAUUGGAACAGAAUGUAG